AUGGACAUGAGAUAUGCUAAAUAUGACUGCACUCUAACUGAUCCCAAGACAGUGAUGUCCCAAUCGAUGGCCAUCGCGCGUAUGCCGUCGACAGCACCGGUAGAGCCGCUGAUGUCGGGCGCCGACACCUUUUGCUUCGACUACUUCUCGCACAUCAAAGGCAUUAAAUGCGAGACAAUUGUCUCACUGAUGGCCAACGGCUUCGACUCGAUCCACACGGUGUUGGCCAUCGAUGUGGACACGGAUUUGGUUGAGAUGAGGGACAUGUCGUUGGGACAGAAGUGUCUGCUCAAGAAAGCCAUCAAAGACCUCAACGAACGCUACCAUAGAUUUGUGUCCGCAUUGGUGGUCACUCCUGAGGAGCGACGAGCCUUUGACGCCAAGACACAGCUAUUGCAACGGUAUGUGCGCCAAGACAUGCCCGACAGGGCUUUCCCCGUCAAUGGUAUGCCCGUUGCCAUCGACGCCAAUCCAGAUGUGUCUGUCGCCAACGGGAGCGCUAUUAAUGGUAGCUUUAAGACAGCGUUGACCACAACUCGUGAGCCAAUGCCCACACCUGUACUCAAUGGUGAGAACAGUUCACCUAAACGUAAAAGGAUUGGAUCGAGGGUUGAAUCUCACGAGUGGAUGACCCAGCCAAGUUGUUGCGUUUGCGGCGAGAGUGCGGUCGGGAAGUACUGGUCGUGCUAUCUGUGCAACGGAUGCCAUAUAUUCGUGGGUCGGGCGCUGCGCAGCCAACUGGAGGUCGGCGAGUGUGUCAACGGGUCGGCCGACUGUGCCAUAGAUGUCGAGACACGCAAAACGUGUCGCUAUUGUCGCUUCCAUAAGGCGACGAACGCCGGCCUAACGCCGCCCACACCUAACGGAGAUGUCAGUGACGAGGCUACCGAUGCCGAGGCACCGGACGCCCCGCAAUCGGCCGACUCCGCCGCCGAUGACGAUGAGGGUCCGAGUGUGGCGUCCAUUGAGUGCGGCCGCACACCGGACACUCCCCACAGCACUGGUAGCGCCAACAGCACCGGUACGCCCGACAAAAGGCGACGCACUCCCUCCAAACGGCUUGAUUUUUAA